GUGUUGAAGAGUGUGUUUGAAUGAGUGUGUGUGCUGACAGGAGCUGGCAGAGGUGACAUUCAUCUGUUUCUCCGGUUUGGAAUAAAUGAACACCUACAAAUUCGGGAUAUUUACAUGAACCAGCGAUGCCCUGUGUACAAACCCAGUAUGCAUCCCUGCCCCAUGACAACUACUUCAGCUCUGAGUUCUUGAAUCCUGACCUCAGUGCCAAACUGGUGAUGGACAUCAGUGGCCAAAAGGACCAGCUGUCUGCGUCUUCACUGCCCAGCAUCAAUACCCUGGUGGGAAAUGGUUACAUGGGGGAGUUUGAUGCUUAUUCCUGCAAGAUUACCACCUCCCCUCCUGCCUCUACAGUGUCAUUCAACCACACUGCGGUAGCUGACAGCUCCAGCCCUCAAAUGCAGAACCAAGCCUUCAAGCUGGAUGAUCUCCAGGUAUAUGGCUGUUACCCAGGAUCCUUUGCACUCAGCUGCCUUGAUGAAACACUGUCAUCAUGUGGCUCAGACUACUAUGGCAGCCCAGUGUACGCCACUGCUUCUCCCCCAACACCAGGUUUUCAGACAGAGUCUGCACCUGUCUGGGACUCCCCUUUCAGCCCCUACCCCUCAGCCCCCCCGUCCUCCGUGGCCGAUAAGGCCAUGGCUCAUCAGCUCUCCUUUUUCACCUUCAGCCCCGCACCGGAGCAGCACUCUCCCCUGAGGCACCAUCAGGAUGCUCAGCCAGGCCAGGAUGACCCGUUCUUCCUGUCUCCUCAGCAACAUGUGUCCCCGCUUCAUUGCCAACCAAUGUCUCUGGAGCAUGGAGCUCUGGAAAGUUCCAGGAUAGUGGAGGGGGCCAUGAUGUCUCCUAAAACACCAACACCAGGAUCCAGUGAGGGUCGCUGUGCAGUUUGUGGUGACAAUGCAUCCUGUCAGCACUAUGGAGUCCGGACCUGUGAGGGGUGCAAAGGUUUCUUCAAGCGGACUGUCCAGAAAAAUGCAAAGUAUGUGUGCCUUGCCAAUAAAGACUGUCCAGUGGACAAGAGGAGGAGAAACCGCUGCCAGUUCUGCCGUUUCCAGAAAUGUCUCGCCGUGGGAAUGGUCAAAGAAGUUGUUCGCACCGACAGCCUCAAAGGUCGCAGAGGUCGCCUUCCCUCCAAACCCAAGACUGCAGCCGAGGCUUCAUCCACGACCCCAAGUGUCAACAUCAUAGCUUCUCUCGUCAGGGCUCACUUAGACUCAAACCCAACCAUCGGGAAGCUUGACUACUCCAAGUACCAGGAGACGGUGGACAACAUGAAAGAAAAGGAGGAUGCCGGUGACAUCCAGCAGUUCUAUGACCUGCUGACCGGUGCUCUGGAUGUGAUAAGAAACUGGGCUCAAACCAUCCCAGGAUUCACAGACUUCUGCACAGAGGACCAGGAGCUGCUCCUUGAAUCUGCUUUCGUUGAGCUCUUCAUCCUCCGUUUGGCAUACAGGUCAAACCCAGAGAAGAACAAGCUGAUCUUCUGUAACGGUGUGGUCCUCCACCGGCUGCAGUGCGCUCGCAGUUUUGGUGACUGGAUUGACUCCAUCAUGGAUUUCUCUCAGAACCUCCACCGCAUGAACUUAGACAUCUCAUUGUUCGCCUGCCUCGCAGCACUCGUCAUCAUCACCGAUCGCCACGGCCUCAAAGAACCCAAACGAGUGGAAGACUUUCAAAGUCACCUCAUCACCUGUUUAAGGGAACAUGUGAGCGGAAAUGGAUCAGAACCAAGCCGGACACAACCCAACUAUCUUUCCCGUCUUCUGGGAAAACUCCCCGAGCUGAGGACUCUUUGCACUCAGGGCCUGCAGCGCAUCUUUUACCUGAAACUGGAGGACCUGGUCCCUCCUCCACCGAUAGUGGAGAAAAUCUUUAUGGAUACACUGCCGUUCUGAAAAACUAACACAUUGUUUAUAAAAACAGAGACACGAAGGAGGCGGAAAGCACAUUAUGAGAGGUUUUUAUCUUUGAACUCUGCGUCUGAACCUCCUCGCAGCACACUGACUGGUGUGCUGACAUGUGUCAUUCAAAAGACCAUUAUCUUUUUUUUUUUUUAAUCAAGUUUUCAAGUUGAAUAUGGUACCUGUGUGAGUACUAUGAAAGAAUAAUCUCGGAGCUAAAGCGAUAUCAAUUCUUCAGGACACUGUUUAUAUAUAUAUUUUUGUGUGCAUUUGUAAAAUGAAUUCAUUGCUGUGCUUGAAAUGUGAAUGUUGUCCUGCUAUGCAGCUUAUGAGACAUGGAUACUUGGGUAGAUGCAAUGCCGUGUUAAACUCAGAAACACACUUAAUUUCUUAAAAACAAAUUGCUUUAUGUCCCCACUUUGAAGCUGAGAUAGUUUAUAGGCAGAACCACACAUCCAGUUUGUUCAAAAGAGCUGUGCGGUCCUACUUUUAAGCAGGGGAAAUAUUUACUGAUAUCUUUCUAUCACAAAGUAUAGUUGUAGUCCUAAUUGUGCUCCUGUGGAAGGUCUUGGACCAAAGUUUACCAAAGUUUUUAUUGUGAUACUACCAGUUAAGCACCUCAUUGCCUUAAGCUAAGAAGAAAGUUCUCCCUAUAAAAGCUGAUGCUGGCAGAACUCCUGCUAAACUGCGUGUAACAACAUGUUUGUUGGGCUUUUAAGAAUGAAAAUGGAUUUGCUGAAUGAAAAUACAAGGUGCCUUUUAUAAAGCCUCAGUCCAUGAACCACACUAAGUGACACUAAGUGAAUCUUCAUUCCAAACAUAAAAUACAGUGUUGUCCUUUUACUACAGACAUGAAGACAAUAUAAUUCAGGGUCAUGAUCAGAGUUUAUACUGAACUGACUGAUUAAUAUGAUUUUAGAUCUGUGGCACCUUUCGUUACAAAGUGCCUGUGAGUGUCCGUUACUUUACACUGUUAAACUGGAAGAUCAUCACGUGACAUUUGUCAGGCAGUAAAAGUUGAAUAUUACUUUAAGUCUAAGCACAUUUCAGAGUCUGAGACACAGCCUACCCUUUUUUUUAUGAUUUCUAUAAAUGUACACCACAAAACGCUUGAGAAUUCAAAUACAUACGCCGGCAUUUAUGUUGUGACAUCAGCUGCUCUCGUCUUUGGCUGCAGAUGUGUUUUGAACCUCUGUGUUUGUAAGACUCUCCUCCUGUCUUCCACAUCUUUCUGACUUGUGCAGUUUUUUUUUGAUAUAUACAUAUAUUUGUUUGAUUUGUUUUUUAUUUCAAUUUCAAAACGAGCUACAGAAAAUUCUUAAGGAAUCACAGUGAAACGUGAUGACGAGAUGAGCAGCUAAGAGCACUUCAAACAGUGUCUCAAACAGUAUGAAGAAAAGUUCUUUCUCCUACUGUCUCUGUUUUGUGUGGGAUAAGUGUGUGUGCACAUUCGAAAUUACUGCCAGGCCUUUUGUAAAAUGGUGCAGAAAUGUUUCAAGGCAGCAAAUACUUGAUAUUAAAACCUUUUGGAAAAUACA